UAAGUUGCUAUCGUUGCGACAUCUAUCGGCUGCGGAGCGAACUGGUUUUGCCGAAACUCGUUGGCUGAAGUUCAGUAAUGAUUAUCUUUGUGUUGUAUUAGAUUUGUCAUUCGCCAGCUUUCUCGAACGAAAUGGCAUCCCGCGCAUUACUGCGACAAUGUGCGGAUGUGAUUAGCAAAAAUAAUCCUGGAACGAUCAGAUUGAUCUCGAGCAAAGGCACAGAUGUAGAAAAACCACGGAAACCUGACAUAGCGCAACGCAAGGAUCUUGCAAAAGCCAUACUUUCAGAAGAUGAGUUGAAACGCAUGCAAGCCUUAAACGUUAAAACUAUUACUAUAAGUACCGAUAUAGAGGAUGUAGGUUACAUAUCCGGGGUUCCCGAGGAGCACAUCAAGACUCGUAGGGUACGGAUUUAUCAGCCUGCCAAAAGCGCCAUGCAAUCGGGAACAAAUAACAUUAACUUUUGGCAAAUAGAUUUUGAUACGCGCGAGCGUUGGGAGAAUCCAUUAAUGGGAUGGACCUCUUCUGGAGAUCCCAUGUCAAACAUCAAAGUUGACUUUACAAGCCAGGAAGAGGCAAUCGUCCAUUGCAAGAAGAUGGGAUGGGACUACUAUAUUCAGAAACCGAAUGUGAGUGCACCAAAGCCUCGUACCUAUGGGAUGAACUUUUCUUGGAACAAACGUACUAGAGUUUCUACUAAAUAAUUAUACACAGAAACUUUAGACCAAAUGCUCGUAAUUCAGAGGAUAGCAGCAGUAUGCGUGGCACUAAUUGUAGUCAUGCUUGUAAAGAAUUCCUGUAACAGAUGAAUAUAUAUUAUGUGUAAUAAAAAUAAAAUGUGUAAUAUAUUUAACGCACUAUCUGUUGCAUCUCUCAUUUGUUCUGGCUUAAUCUUUAAAUUACUUAAAGGAAAAUACAUUUUAUUUGAUCAA